CCCGGCGAGCAGCGCUGCUGUUUGGAUCCGUAGUUUGGUUUGGUUCUCCUCAGCGGACCGUCAUCCUGAACCCUCGGAGGAAAUCCCGUCAGUCUGUGGUAAAGAAAAAACUUGUGCGCAAACUGAGAUCGUUUUGCGUUUCGCUCCGCUGCGCGCAGGACGGAGAGGAUCCAGUCAUCUCCUCUCCUCCCCUCUGGACUUUGUGCCGCUGGGACAAAACAAAUCCUCCUCUGAAAGCUUCACACACGUGGUCAGAAUUAGUUUAAAUUUGUGUUUGAAGACUCGAUAGCACCCGAACAGAACCGAGCCGGAGGGCGUGAGCUGCGGGAUAAUUGCCUCCUGCGCAGUUUGUGCCGCUUUCUCCCAGUUUAGGAUAAAACAGCCGACAGGAUCCUGACAGUGUUUUCACUGACAGCCGAGCUGCUCAGUUGUUGGACUGACUUUCCCGAGAGGUUCCGCUUUGAAGAACAACGUGUUUAUGGAUCGCUGCGCAGAGAGGAACUCCGGGAGUUGUUGGCUUUGCAGUUCGACGUCGAUCAUGUUGAUUCCCCGCGGUUGCUUUGUACUAUAAUAGAUGUUUACACAAAGUAUUGAGUCGUAUUUUAAAAGUGACUCUGUUCAGUUCAGACCGGCUCGCUUUGACCCCUGAGGACGGAGGGAAGCGCCUCUUCGCCCGUCCUGUUUUCUGUUUUCCUUCAAGACGUCAGGACGGAUCUCUACCGCGCACUCCGGCUUCUUCUGUGAUUUAAACAGAGGCAAAGUGUUUGGGGAUAGCAUGGCAAUGGUAGUAAACCAGUGGCCAGAGAACAUUUCUGCAGAUCCGGGCUCCCAGCUGCAGAUGUGCGGCCAGGAGCCCGGCGGGGGACCGGGGACUCCUAACGGUUCCACACCGGGGAACGACGCGCUUUCCGGGGAUAAGCUCCCCAACGUGGACUGCAUGGUGUGCGGGGACAAGUCCAGCGGGAAGCACUACGGCCAGUUCACCUGCGAGGGAUGCAAAAGCUUCUUUAAGCGCUCGGUGAGGCGGAACCUGACGUACACAUGCCGGGGGAACCGGGACUGUCCCAUCGACCAGCACCACCGGAACCAGUGCCAGUACUGCCGGCUCAAGAAGUGUCUCAAAGUCGGCAUGAGGAGAGAAGCUGUACAGAGAGGACGCACAUCGAACUCCCAGAGCAGCCCGGGUCAGUACCUGACCAACGGUUCCGACCCGUACAACAGCCAGCCUUACCUGUCGGGCUUCAUCUCCCUGCUGCUGCGGGCCGAGCCCUACCCCACGUCCCGCUACGGGGCCCAGUGCAUGCAGGGAAACAACCUGAUGGGCAUCGAGAACAUCUGCGAGCUGGCGGCUCGGCUGCUGUUCAGCGCCGUGGAGUGGGCCAAGAACAUCCCCUUCUUCCCCGACCUGCAGCUCAUGGAUCAGGUGGCGCUGCUGCGCAUGUCGUGGAGCGAGCUCUUCGUCCUGAACGCCGCCCAGUGCUCCAUGCCGCUCCAUGUGGCGCCCCUGCUGGCGGCCGCCGGCCUCCACGCCUCGCCCAUGUCCGCCGAGCGCGUCGUGGCCUUCAUGGACCACAUCAGAGUUUUCCAGGAGCAGGUGGAGAAGCUGAAGGCCCUGCAGGUCGACACGGCCGAAUACUCCUGCCUCAAGUCCAUCGUGCUCUUCACGUCAGAUGCCAUGGGAUUGUCUGAUGUCGCCCAUGUGGAGAGCAUCCAGGAAAAGUCCCAGUGUGCUCUGGAGGAAUAUGUGAGGAACCAGUAUCCCAGCCAGCCGAACCGAUUCGGACGCCUGCUCCUCCGCCUGCCCUCCCUGCGUAUCGUCUCCUCGCCCGUCAUCGAGCAGCUGUUUUUUGUGCGACUGGUGGGCAAGACGCCCAUUGAGACAUUGCUUCGAGAUAUGCUGCUCUCUGGCUCCAGCUACAACUGGCCCUACAUGCCUACAGUGCAGCGCGAGCGGCCGCUCUCCCUCCACUACAAUGAGAACGGACCAUGAGGCUGAGCAACAGAGGAGAAGCUCGUCCUUCUUUCCUUCCCUUCCUUGUCCACAGUCCACCUUUCAGCUUUCCCCGAGGAAGCGUCUUCCUCACCAUUCCACCCUUGAGACUCUUGAAACGUUACCAUCCCGGUCACACAAGCCAGCCAAUCGUUCGUCGUUGCCGAUACAGAGACUCUAUGGCCUCUCAACGUUCCUGAGCCGACAGCGUGCAGUCUUUCUUUUUGAGACGCGGCAUGAGCUGGACAAGUUGCUGCACAGUUCACCAGCAGGUCUGAUGGACUCACUUCAGAUGUCAGUUAUAAAACUGUGCAAACAUUUGCCUAAUUCUUGGUGCUAUGCCUGCAUCUACAGAGCAUGGCUGAACCUGAGCAGGGACUAUUCCGCUCGAACUCUGCAGCCAACAGCGCCAGGUCUGAGUGUGUAUUUACUAAAUUUUGAAAAGCAAACCAGAAGCCAUUAAAAGAAGACAAACGCCAAAAUGUCUUGAACUUUUGCAGAUGAUGUUAUAUUGUGUGUUGUUUUAGCACUGUUUGUAUGGAGAGAUAACUCAUGAUUGUGUCCAUAUGUAUAGAAUAUCAUUGAUUCAUUGGCAUCUAAGGCAUCUUUGGGUUCACUGAAUUAAUAAGCUCAGGUUUCUAGGUGUGUGUGGGGGGUCAGAGUAGCAGACAUGUCAGUAUUGGGUUCUGGUUGUUCUGCUCUAUCGUCACUUUGAUCAUUUGCAGUUUUGAUCACGUCGUAGAAAGGAAGUUAUCUUCCAUGGGGCUCUUCACGGUCAAAGUGAUGCACACUUUGACCGUCAUAUAUUUAAAGUCAUCUUCUGUAUCUUGGAGUUAUGAUAUUUUCCAUUAAGAGGUUGCAGAUAGUUUAUUUGGUUAGAUGACAUAUUCUUUCAAAUGUUUUCAGAACCAUUUCUGAAAAUUUCAGAAAAUGAAAAUGACAUCAUUAAAUUCAGGGGUAUAAUGAGAUCAUGUCCCAAGAAAUCUCGUAAUAUUAAUAAAUUUUUUAAUAUUUGAAAUUCUGUCGGGUUGCAGUCAGGAGGAGUUUAUUUGAAAAUAACAAAAUAAAAUAAGCCACUUAUCAGUCAAUAUGUGUGAUGGCACACAUAUUGAUUUGCUUUGUUUUGGAAAUAUUGAUUUGUUUGAAAUGUUGUAAAUGGAGACAGAAGAAACAAGUUUGAUCCACAGAUUCUUAUAGCAGUUCUUUAAAAUCCAUUUGUCAUUCUCAAAACUUUUAUCUCACAAAAAAGGAGUUAAAAACUACUAUUCUUCAUCAUGACCACCUUCAAUUGGUUCCUUUACAUAGACAAAUCAAACAUAAUGUUUUAACCCACUUUUCACAUAAAUGUUGGAAAAAUUUCCUCACAAAAUGUUCCUGUAAUCUAAAUGUUUUGCCCAGUCAGAGUGAUUUACCUGCAUUGUGUUUCUUGCCAUGGUGAGAAAAACUAAUAUUUUAUCAUCAUCCUUUGAUGUGUCUGAUUCACAGUUUGAUAACUAGAUCUCCAGGAAUUUUUUGGACAUGACAACAAAAUGAUGCACCAUCUCUAAGAUAGUCACAUUUACUCCAUAGAUGUGCCACUUUUACUAAAUUGAAGCAUCUGCUUCUCUAAUUUAACAGAAAUGGAUGAAUAAUAUGCAUUUGGAAACUUUAAUUUCAUUUUAAACUUUGCAGAUUUUCUGUCAGCAUUGAUGUUUCUCUGCCAUGGCCUGGUGAACACUUGGAGUGGCUCCAACUGACUGCAGCCUGACCAAUGUUUUGAUUCAGCUGUUAAAUCUCAUAAAAAUAUCCACAUAUUAUCCUCAAAUAUGGAAAAAUGAUAUGCUGUGAUUUCUCCACAAAAGUUUGCACCAAAAGCUACAACAAAUCUAUAUUUAUGUAGGCAUUUUUUACAAACUGAACUCCCACGAGGAACCGGAAAAAUAUGCAAAAGUAACUAAACGAGUGAUAAAUGGACGUAGGCAUGGAUGAAUAGGGAAACCUGGGAGAGGAUUGGCAUCAGGAAGUCAGCAGAACAGCCAGAGCCUCGGCGUUAGAUCAAAAACACAAACCCAACUAAUUUCACACUUAGGAGAAACCUGUGCCAAAGCAGACAUACAUUUAGUUUGGAAUAAAUUUAUGUCAGUUAAAAAAGCAAAUGUAACUUUUGUCUGUAAUUUGACUACAAUUGUUUGGAUUCCCAGGUUAAGUGAAUCACUUUAUAAAAUAAAAAAAAAUAAACAACGUAAAUUAAAGCUUUGGCACUUGCAUUGAGAUCUUAUCAGACUUGACACUUAUUCACACUUGUUGAAUCUCAGCACUGAUGGAAUAUUUCUGCCCUCUACCCAUUGGAUGAAAAUACAUAUUUACUUUUUCAAAAGAUUCACUAGAACUCCCUCAUUGAUGCUGCCACAGCAGCCGCACCACCGAGCAUCAUAGAUGUGUGUUUUGCUUUUUUUGUAAUGAUUGUCAGUAUUGGACCUUUUAGACUUUAGGCAGGAAGUGAGUGUCUGGGGGGCAAUUUACAGAAUUAGCUGUACUUGCCUUAGAACAAAGAUUUGUCACUGAGCAUUUAUCUUAUGACUGUGCCAUAAUCUCUCGUUACCUGUUAUAACAGGUAUUAUGUUCUGUCAGGAGUGGAAAGAAGCUCACAUGAUGCUAAAUUGGAACGUGCAUUUUCAAAAAAGACAUGUAUAUGUGAAUUAUCUUUAUGCAAUAAUUAGACAUUAAAAAAAGAACGACUCACAAUAGGAUUUUUUUUUUUUUUUUUUUUGCUUCAGCAUCAACAGCACUUUUAGAUUUUAGACAUCAUGCAAGAUAUUUUUCCACUUCCGGGUGAUAUUGUUGUGUAGGAAAAAGCCCCUAAACAUUUGAGCUUAUCAUGUGGAGUAAUGUAUCACUAACCUCUGAAAACCUCAGUCUAUGUUGCAACACUAUCCCUGUGGGACUUAGGACUGUGUUUAAUGUAGGAAUACUUUAAGUUUUUAUUAUUUUUCCUUUGUCCUUUUGUUGGAAAAACUUUGUUCAUGUCACAUUUCCAAUACGACACCGUAGUAUCGACGUCAAGCAUCAGUAUUGGAAAAGCCAUCAGGGACCUGAGAAAGUUGUGUUGGUAAAUAAAUCCACAGAAAGUUUCUAAGAGUUUGUUUUUAUCCCUUUUGCUUUUGUUUGGAAAUAUUGAUUAUCCAAUAAUUGAAAUAAAGUUUUGUUCACACUAA